AUCCGAGCCGUGUUUGUCAACAAGCGGAGUAAACAAAAAAAUCGAGUCUGUUGUGCUACAGAGCGAGUGAUUCCCGUUCAGGACAGAUUUUGCAAUUUGAGCAGUAACGUACCUGCUUCGAAAAAUUAAAGAAAGAGAUAAUCCGAAACAUAAACCAUUUCGAAAAUUGUCAAUCGUUUGAAUAAAUCGUUCACUUUGGACGAUGUGUUAAUCAGAUUAGUUCAAUCAGUUGGUUGAUGGAAUGGAAGUUCUGGUUGAUACAGUAAAAGUUGAAUUGAACCCCGGUUCUGAAGACGGUUUGGAGCAUGAAAUGGAUAUUGAGCAAUCUGUUGGGGCAGAAGAUAUGAUUGACUUAGGAGAAGUGAAGAUUGAAACUCAUAUUGAAGAGGGUGCAGAAACAUCCCAAUGUUCAGCAACAAUACCAGAAUAUUCUAAGAAAAAACAAUCCACCGAUGAAACAUAUGAAACUAAAACACAUUUGAGACAGCACAUUGAAGUAAAGCAUGAGCUUCCAAACGUAUUUAAAUGCCAACAAUGUGAAGUGAGCUUUAGAUUUGAAAUCGAACUGAGAAACCACGAGCGUUCCCAACAACAUCUCAACAAACUGAAGAGCCACAUGAAAUGCCAUGCCGCUAAGACCUACGCGUGUUCCUUCUGUGAAAAGUCAUUUAUUAACGAAAAAAAUCUAGCGAUGCAUGUUGCAUCCCACGAAGGAGAGCGCGAAAAACGUAAAGCUGUACCGUCAUUCAAAUGUGAUAUUUGUCAGAAGAUGUUCUUAUAUAAAUGGGCAGUGGCGUGGCACAAACGAAAAGAGCAUGAACCAGAGACUCAUGAUUGCAACGUUUGCGGCUCUCGUUUCUCAACGAGUGAAUAUUUGGGCGAGCACAUAAAGAUUCACGAGGAAUCAUCUCGUAUCAAAACGAAUGAGAAACAGCAGUCGCUACAGGAAGAGGUAAAAGUGAAAAUUGAACCUCUUGAAGAAGCCACUGAGCCACAACCGCAAAGAGAGGGUGAAGACGAAAUGAUGAAAAAUGAGCAAUCAUUAGGCAUCGAAGACAUGAUUGAUAUUGAAGACGUGAAAAUUGAAUCUCGUGAAGACGAUUAUAUGGAAUUAGAUACAUUCACUUCAAAUCAAGUAUCUCAACCAAUCAACAAGAGUAUGAGUGAUUUUAAACAAAUAGAAUCCGCAACAGACAGGGCUGAUGUGAACCAAAAAAAGAACCAUGCAAAGGAUAAACACAUGCCAACGUCUGUGGGACAAGCAAAGACAGUAACAGAUAACAAAGAAAACCCGACAUCACUCGAGUGCAAAAUAUGCCAUAGAACGUUCAAGUGGAAUUAUAGAUUGAGAUACCACGAAAAAGAAGCACAUGGUCCGAGAAUUUACGAUUGCGAUAUAUGUGACGCCAGCUUUCACGGUUCACGCAAUCAUUUAGCUCAGCAUUUGGACAAACAUAAGAAAGAAAAAGAAGCGGGUUUCUGCUCGUUACAGGCAAUGCAAAGAGAUACUGCAGCACGUUUGAAAGAAGAUACUGAAAUGAAAGUGUCUGAACUCAACUCAGAAAGGACUAUAACAACAGAUCAAAAUAUGACGACAACAUCGCUGCAAUGCGCAAAAUGCUUCAAGGUUUGGCCUAACCAGAAUCGCCUUUGGCGUCACUACAAAACUGCUCAUAGGCUUUGUGAGACGAUGAACUCUAAGAAGAAAACUCUUCAGUGUUCUCUGUGUAGCGCAAUGUUUCAUUUUCAAACACAAUUGAAUAAACAUAUGAAUUCACUCCAUAAGCAAGAGGACGGUAGCUUCCAACCACUAAAAUGUGUAGAAUGUAAUAAACAAUUUGAAACCUCAAAAAAAUACAGAAGACAUAUGCUGAAUCAUGCUCCUAAAAAGUAUAAAUGCACAAAUUGCAGUCUAUCAUUUAGAACAACGGUUUUACUGGAAUUACAUCAGCGCGUCCACAAAUUUGAUGGCAUAGUAAACACCACUGAUGUGCCAGUCCAGUGCAAAACUUGCGGUAAGAUUUUAGAGUCUAGCAUGAAAUUGUGGCACCACAAUAGAAAGGUGCACAGGCCAAAAAAAAUCGAAUGCCCAAUUUGUGGAAGACCAUGUUUUGAUAGUUAUGUCCUCAAAAGACACAUUCAAACACAUCAACCGAUUCAUGAACGCAAGAAACCCAGAUCAGAAAGGGCGAACGAUAAUGUCGAAAGAUCGUUUAGGUGUGACAUAUGUGAUAAAAGCUUCGCACGGAGAUAUUUAUUGAACCAACACAAUAAAAAAUCACAUGGUCCAAAAAUCUACUGCUGUGAUAUGUGCGAAGGAAAAUUUACUUCGCGAUCAGUUUUGACCAGACAUUUGUCGACUCACAAACGUGACACUGCAUUACUGGAAGUAAAACUUGCAAGUUAACCUUUUAAAAUCUUCAUAAUAAGGCUGUGCACAUGAUUGUACAUCGGCCAGAGUAACAUAAGAUAAACUUAUACAGACAUAUGAAGACUCAUGAUGAAUUGUAUGAUACGGCUUCACCAACAUCCAUCGUUACAUGGCUUGAUCCACAUGGAGCUUCAGAACCUUCCACUUUGAAGAAUGCGCAAAGCAAUCAUGCCACUAGAAGGGCACGGAAGAAUCAGUAAGAAGCCUGUUUUUCAAUGUAAUUGAUGAAACAUACAAUUAUUUCAAAGAAAGUAAUCCCAAUAUUCUAGGCAAGAAAAGGAUAAACCAACAAUAACCGUCACAAAAAAAGCUAAAGAAUUUAGAUAAUAGAAAUUUACUGUAUCUGAAAUAGCUCAAAUCAAACAACUACAAACAUGCUUGUGGCUCCCGGAUAAAAACGUAUCA